AGACAGCGUGCAGAAGCGGGUACCACGUCAGUCCACGGCGAGUCCUCCGUGCGGGAGCUGCGCUCUCUUGGUGUCAUUACGCCGGGGUUAUCCGUACAUUUAUUCCGUAGUUAAUCAAUCUCCAGAUGCACAGAAGAGAAGCGAGAGCUUACCAAUUAAUUGUUCGACAGUCAGUGAAUUCAAUUUUACCAGAGACAGACGAGAAUAGUUGAACGCAGAUAUAUUCGGUCGACAGAUUCGGUUCAGAUGUAAUCCCGAGUAUAAAGAUGUAACUCUGUGGCUCGCGGAUAGAUGCGUCCUCAUUUUAGUCGUCCGGGAAGCGUGACGCAUAACAAAGUACUAAUUACCUGGUGUCCAAGUGUCGUAUUAGGAUAUGGACGAGAUCAACGCAAUGUCCUUGGAGGAAUCGCGGCGUUCUCAGCGUCCGUACAGGUACGGAAUGGUUCUGCUUUGUAUCGGGGCGCUGAUAAACUGGCUGGGCCUCGCGGAGAACUAUGUUGAGCCGGUACGAUAUGUUGGUGUUGCUUGCAUAAUCGCAGGAGCUCUUCUUAUAUGUGCCGCAAUGUGCUGUUGGCUGCACGCACCGCCAAGUGCAACAAUGCACACGCAACACAUAAAUCAUCCGAUCACGGCACAGAUCGACGAUCCGAUUCACGUAAUCUCCAUUGAGGAACCAUCUAGUGGAUCCAGACAGAAGCCACCGGACUAUGAGGCCGUUACGGACGCGCCACCUAGCUACGAUGACGCCAUCAAGCUGAAUCCUAGUCACCUACUUAGGCUAAACAACAACAGUGCCACGUUGUCGUUGCCGACUGUGCACAACAUGGUACCUAGAACUGUGGAAAUUGUCUCUAGGGACCCGACACCCUCACCGCCCCCACCUUACGCGAGGUGAAAUCUUCGGUAUUAUCAGUCAUGAUCGCAACAAAAGAAGUUCGCGGCAGCUGUGUAUCCAGCGUAUUGCAACAAUAAUUAAAAACCAAACAAGUACAAAAACAUGAGGGGGUGGAAUGACUGUGCCGUUCUUUCCAGUUGCCGUAAUAUGGCAAACGAUGGAAACGAACACAAGGAUCACGACAGACUAAAAACAUUUGUGUUCAAAGAAUCGAACUGAACCAAAACGGGACUCUUUUGUCGCCGAAUAUACAUAUCCAAUCGCAGAUCGAAUCGAAAACUACGCAGCUAGAUCCUAACGAAGGAUUCUGAGCUUAGCAGACAACGAAUUUCAUGAGAAAUUGAAGAUGGCGGCUAAAGGAAGCAAGAUGGUGACUGAAGGAAAGGAGAUGAACACUGGUGCCUUCUACGAUGCACCUCGUUAGCCUAACAGGGAAAUACUCACGAUAAGGAGUUCCAGAACUGUCGAAAUUUGAGCUUCUCGAUAAACCCGUAUGGCACACGAUUAUCGAUUUCGUCUGGCUAAUUUAGAGCGAGUCUAAAAUAGCAAACACGAGUCAUCGAUAAACGAACACACGAUGUGUAUUAUUUUGCCUUUAUAUGUAUUUAUACGCGAUCUAAGUGCGUUCCUUACGAGUACACGAAGAACUUAAUGGAAAAGAGGAAGAUGGAGGAUGAAGGAGAAGAUGGAGACCUAAGAAUCGGAAUAUCUUCGGAUGAAUUGAGUUUCAUCGCUUAGAAAAUCGCGCAGCUUGUUAGAAGAGAUACCUUUGUUUGCCAUAUGAUUUCGAUGAUUGUCAUUUUUACACGUGUACAUACCGCAUGCGAAAUUCAUUCGCACGUCCAUUUUAUUGUGAUAUACGAUGAUGCAGGUAUUAUAUUGAUACGUCACCGUCGAAUACGUCGUCGCUUUCUGAAACAAGACUUUUUUUUAUAAUGAGAAUAAAGAUACGAUGAUAGGCAUCUUUUAAA